AUGGACAAAAUAUCUGAUCGCUUAUUGGCUGACGUCUUCGACAAUACUAUAUUGGCACCUGCACCAGACGAUUUAUUGGACACGAUCUUUUGCAAGUGUAUGGAAGCUCUAGAAACUUGCAUAACCUACUGGGAGGAGGCUUUGGCAAUCUACAGAUCAAAGGAUGGCGGCGGAGGGCCGCUGACCGUGCUUAGUCCUGAAGAGACGGGAUUUUGCAAGGAUUUGCAGCUUCUUUUGGAUUCGGCAAUAGAAUUGCAAGAAAAUUCUGAAAUGCUAUUCCUAGACGUGAGGUCGGUACUGUUCAGACCCGAAAGUGGACGCGAUGCAAAUGGAAUGGACACUGACUUAUCAGGAGGAGAAAGCUUUGCAUCUGCCCAAGAUCAGGUUGCUGAUCUAAAAGAAUUUGAAGAAUUCUCCGACUACUUCCCCGAUUUGGAAUCAUAUCCCCUAUACCAAGUCGCCCUGAGACAACUAGAAAACGGAGGCAUCCCUUGUAGAACUUUAAGGACCGAACAUUUACUCAGGGAUCCUACCAAUUAUGUUUGGUUUAUCGACGCUGGACGUCAGAUAUUGGCCGACUUGAUGUUGCAUGCCGAUAAGGACCCUAAAGACUUUUUGAUAGGUUAUGAAGAAAUGAUACUCUACAUUCAAGACCCCGACCAAUGGCGUGACUUGGAAGAAGAACUAAGUACUAGAGGAGUCAAAGCGCUCACUUUCUAUGACGUUGUUCUGGACUACAUUCUAAUGGAUGCAUUCGAAGACUUAGAAAGCCCCCCAUCGUCUGUCUUGGCCGUCAUUCAAAAUCGCUGGUUAUCCAACGGGUUCAAAGAAACGGCCUUGACCACAGUGGUAUGGUCCGCGCUCAAAGCCAAAAGACGACGACUAAAAUUUCCAAACGGUUUUAUGGCGCAUUUCUAUACAAUUUCUGAGCAACUGUCUCCACUUUUAGCAUGGGGAUUUUUGGGAUCCGACGAUUCUUUGAAAGAGACUUGUGUUUAUUUUAAAGAACAAGUUCUUGGUUUUUUAUGUGAUAUUUUCAAUUUUCAAAAGUGCAGAUUCGUUUGCGUAGAUGAUCUGGCUGCUGACGUACAUAAUAGUCUUAAGGUUAGGGUAAAUAACAUUUGUCAAAGACUGAGUGCGCAAGCGUAAAUUCCUCUUAAGUAUAAUAAUAAGGCUGUGUAGAUUAGAUUUUAAGCUUUUUAAUUUCAGAGUUUUUUUUGUUAGGUAGGUAGGUGACCUCUGUAUGGGAUGGUGUAUAAGUUUGUAGAUUUUUGUGUAAUUACUAUAAGUUUUGCCUUCAAUUUCUCUUAUGACAUUUAUUUACAAAAUGAGCCUAUUAUGCGAAAUAUGUAAAACUAAAAUUUUUUGAAGAUUAUUUAAUGUUGCCACUCUGGUAAUUUGUUACGAAUCAUUGAUCCAGAGAAUUUAAAUCUACACUCUAGAGAUCAUUCUGGCUAUUAUCUUGACCUCUUAACGGUGAAGAUUUCGACUAUUUCCUCCCCUAACCUAUUAAGUAUUUUGGAAAUUCACUAAGACUUUACUAUGUAGAAGUGUAUAUUAUACAUUUGAUAUUGUCUUAUGAUUUUUGAGAAUUAUUGGCAAACCCUAUAGAUAAUAUAGAUCGUGUUUUAAUUUGUAUUGUUGUGAAGCAUUUAUGGUAUAAACCGUGACAAGCAUCCAAUUGUAAUUUUAGGCUGAAUUCUAGUUUUAAGAGUGUAGCAAUUGUAUCGUUUAGCAAUAAAUUUUUAAUUCCAUUUUUAAAAAUGUUUUGAUUUACUGAGAAAAAUAAAUUGGAUUAAUACUAUCAUAAGAGCUGAUGAGUCCAGGAGGCAGUGAAAUUUUUUAGGAAAAAUAAGUAUCGAAAAUCGUCACUGCCUCCUAGAUUAUGACUGAUGACUUGAUGGCAUUUCGUUCUGGUUCAAAAUCUUCUGCAUUAUUCUGUCAACAUUAUAUUAUUCGAUGUUCCAGUGUUGUGCCUCUUGGCGGUUUUUGUUAAACAAAAAAAAAAACUAGUACAAAUACAAAUAUUAUUUAAGCUAUAUGGACUUUAAUUCAAUGUUAUUGUAUUAUAUAAAUUAUAUAACUAAAAAGUACUUGCAGAAUUUUCAUCAAAG